UAAUCUUUUUUCGAUUUCAAUGAGCAUUUAGUGACAGGCAUCCCUUCUAUAAUUGAACUUUCACUGGGUUCUUUGAUUAUUAAUCUUCUUAUGGAAAUUAGCUUACCAAUUUAGAGAUUUCAAGUUCAGUGUUGAUCAUAAAGCUUUCUGAUUUCCCCAAAAAAGAUGAAUUGGAAAAUGAGGAAAAACAUUAGAAAUGAUCUAUUUAAGGAUAUGAAGGUCGUGUGUUACCUAAAUGAUGCUUGUACUUUAAGCGUCAAUCAAAUUCCUUGAACUUCGUCAAAGAAUAAACUCCCCUUCUCAAAUCAGUAUUGUAAGCGUAGAUUGAGUAGAAAUUUGUACUUGUAAUCGUCACAUCAUGAGAAGCAAUGUUUUCAACUUGAAUACAACAUGAGAUCGAGCUUAUAAGAAGAUAAGAUUUCUCCACUUGCAGAGUUGGCUUAUUCUACCAUUCCUACGGAAAAGUGCGAUGUGUAUAGCUUUGGAGUUGUUGCAUUAGAGACAAUCAUGGGAAAGCAUCCAGGAGAUCAUAUCUCUCAGGAAUGUUCAUCGUUUGACCAAACUGAGUCUUCGAUGAUGUUCAAGGACGUGCUAGAUCAACGUCUCUCACCUUCUAGAAUUAGUCUUCGAGAUGCAGAAGACGUGGUCUUGAUUGCCAAGCUAGCAUUCGCGUGCCUGCGAGCCGAUCCACGGCUACGACCAAGCAUGGGACAAGUCUCACAUGAGCUUCGCAUUCAAGUACCCUUGGAAACGCUGCUCUCUACAGUUAGCUUAGAGCAACUUCGCAGUCUCAGUGUUGGAAAAGUUGGAGCAUUCACAGGAGAUGAGCCAGCUUCACUUUGUACGUUAUAGGAAUAGUGCCAUGUUUAUUGUUUGGAGUCGUG